AUGGCGGCGAAUCUCAGCAGGAAGAGAGUGCCGAGUGCGGCACAACAACAACCACCAGCGCCAAGAAAAGAGAGUUCGCAUCCCUUGCGAGGAGGGAAACUGCUUGCUCGGACGUUGGGAUCAUACCCGAAGGGAUGGGCGGAAGUGAUAGUGGAAAUCGAUAAAAUUGCAAUCUCAGUUUGCGUUUUGGUCCUUACCACUUUGAGAUAUGGUGACCAAGAUACGAGUGUCUCGGAAAUCAUGGAACCGGUGGAUUUAAUAAAGUAUGAGCUCGAAAUGGAGUUGAAGUAA